AUGAAAGUUUCCUUCUUUUCUUUUCGCCUUCACCUCGCCAGUUCACCGGAUCGGAGAGACGAUGUCGCGGAUCCACCGAUAGCUUCGCCUCGUUCUGACAAGACUGAGACGACCUCGAGUCCCGCCGAGUCGAAGGGUCUCGUGAGAAAGCCGGUCUCUGUACUUCCGUGGCUGACUGGUCAGAGGGCCUUCUCGGAAGAUCCCGGCUCUCCAGUCGUACCUGAGGUGUGGGAGUGCCCAGGUGGCCAGGACCGCCGUGACGCACGCUCUCUGUCUCCAGUCUCGUCGCCCUGGCGACUCGUAGUCUCGAACUCACGCCACUUUGACGAGAGCCUGACUGGCGUCGUCGCUUCUGCCUUCGAGUCUGAGACAGCGUCCACGGCAACUGUGACGGCGAUCAGCGCUUUGGCAACCCGGAGGACGGAUGACGAGCCCACCGGUCUACAGGUCGAUCGAGAGGUGGGUGCGACGCGAUUUGCCCCUGUACUUCGUCGUACCUCGAUCAAGAGCGAGCCGGCCUCCAUUGGUUUCGGUGCCGACAAGGAUAGCGAGAACGAAGAGGACGAACAGGAAACGGACGAGGUGAAAGAGGCAUUUUCACUCGCAGCUUUCGUUCGUCGUCAUCCCGGCCAGCCUGUCUCGACCGUCUUCCCAACCGUCUCUCAAGGCAUCGUGAUGGCCCGGCAACUGGGCUCCUCCAGCCUUCAGCACACGCCUGACGACGACUUUCUGGCCGGUCCAAUGGAGGUGGAGCUCAUAUUCGAGAAUCGGUCUGCCCUUCUCGGCGACGACUUUGAAGAGGUGAUGGACGCUAACGGCAUCCUUCGAGGCGCCUGUGGCGGUGAACUUGAGGUGGCUGGCAUUCUCGGUCACCGUGGCAGCAUACGCGACCAUGAGCCGAUCCUCGAGGUGGAGGAAGAAGAAGAAGAAGAUGAUGAUGAUGAUGACGACGACGAAGACGACAACGAAGAUGAGCGGGAGGAGAUAAAAGUUGCAAAGACAACGGACAAAGUGUCGGCAGAAUACGAACAACGAGUAGAGGUGAAUGAAAUGGCGGAAAAUAUGGGCAGUGCA